CCCUCUCCUCUCAUCAUUGUAUGGAAAAUCCUUAAAAAAAUCACAGCCCGCCCCCAUCUCCUCUCUCUCUAGAGCAGACAACAGAAAAGAGAGAAACAUCGAAGAAAACCACAACCCACAGAGCAUCACCCUCCGCCCUGUCUAAGACUGCUGGAAAUCUGAAAGUUCAUUGGUAUAAUUUCUCUUGAAAGUCCAAACCAGAAACUCCAAAAUCUAAGAUUGAUGGGAAUUUUGGGGGAAAAUCUGAAGGUGGCUGCGUAUCUCAAGCAAUAAUGGGGGUUUCAUGGGAGAAGGGUGACCAUGAUUUUGUUCUGGAGAUUUCUCCGUACAAGGAUGAAAGAGGGAGGGGAGAUUAUUUCUUACGUUGCUAACAUGAAUUUUGUUAAUAAUAGGAUGCUGCUAAUUAUGAUUAGAGCAUGAGCACCGUAUCUCUAACAAAUAUUUAGAGGAAUUGUAAAGAAUAAUGUAAAAUUAAUUUGGGAUUUGGGAUUAGCCCACGUAAGCUUUGGUGGUUAGAAUCCAAUAACAUAGCCAAGAUAAAGCGUAUGAAUAUUUAUAAUUUAAUCAUAUAUACUCGACAUAGAACACUAAACUUUCUCAGCAUCUAUCUGUCUGUAUGUAUAAAACUAGAGCAUUUAUGCGUAGAAAAAAAUAAAAAUUUUAUACAGUAGAAGAAUGCAUAGAUCCAUGUACAUGGAAAGGAAGUAAAUUAUACAUGUGUUACACACAAGUCCUGUAAAUACAAUUGGCACGACAAACAGCCUCUCGACCCAUCCGCCUCUCUCUCUCUCUUUCUCUCUAAAACGAGGAAAGGUCAAGCGAAACCUCAAGCGCUACUCCACCACCACCACGGCACCACCUUCUUUCUUCGCUAUGUCUCUCUAUAGAAUCAAGCAGCAGCAGCAGCAGCCAGCCGGACACUAGCCAUUACCAUUUAGCAAAGCAUCACCAAUAUUAAAACAAAACAACAGCAAAUCCCCCUCAAUUCCUUUGCUUCAUUAUUAUUAUUGCAUAUAUUGGCUUCCGAGAGAAAAAAAAUGCCAGCCCAGAAGCGUUCCCAUGAGACCCUCCAAAAGGAAGAUGAUGAUGCUCUUAUUCAGCAGCAACAAGACCACACUAACAACAACAACGACAACAACAACAACAACAACCAUGAACAAAAGCAACAGCCUCAAGACGAUAUUGAUGGUGGUGGUGGUGGUGGUGUUGAUGAGCAAUCCGAUCGAAGCCAGUCUUCUUCAAGUAUUAACGAAGACGUGAAAGAAGAAUAUGUUGUAGUGAAGUUGUCUGAGAUACGCAAGGAAGUACAAUGUCCAAUCUGUCUAGGUAUUAUCCGCAAAACAAGAACAGUGAUGGAAUGUCUGCAUCGUUUCUGCAGGGAAUGCAUUGACAAAUCUAUGAGGCUCGGGAACAAUGAGUGCCCUGCUUGCCGCACACAUUGUGCCAGUCGUAGGUCUUUGAGAGAUGACCCAAAUUAUGAUGCAUUAAUUUCAGCCUUGUAUCCAGAUAUUGACAAAUAUGAGGAAGAGGAAUUGGCUUUCCAAGAAGAUGAGAAGGCUCGCAAUAAGCAGAUCCAGGCUACCAUUGCCCAGACUUUUCAUCGACAGGCUGAAGCUUUGAGUAGGAAAAAAACAACACCUAAAGUGACAGCAGCAGCAUUUGCAAGGAGAACACCAAGUCGUUUUCGAGAUGCCCACUCUAGGGGAAGAAGAAAUUAUCGAAUGGCUGGAUUUCAAGGAUCUGAUGACAAUGAAGAUGCAAAUGGUGAUGGAGGAAAAGAUUCAUCAUCUGCUGACGAGCACAGUGCAGAAGUCAAACCAAAAAGGUGCAAGAAAUGGGUAGGUGCUCGUUCAGCUGCUGUUAAUGCAGAUGGAGGUGGUGAUGAAAAUGAUUCAGAAGUGAAUAAAGAAUCUGUGGGGGGAUCUUCUGGGCUUGUUGGCUCCUCAGAAAGGCUUGCAUGGGGAAAAAAUGGCAUGCGGAGUCACACCCGCUAUGGCAGUGCAAACAGCAGCAAUGUAAAAAAUGCUCGAAGCAGUCGCAUCUCUAAGUUAGCAGAUUAUCUACGGAACUUGGAGGGAAAUGAUAAUGAGUUGGAUAUCAACCUCAUGCUUGUUUCUUUUGAUGAGCAAAGAGUACCCAGUUUGCAGCGCCCAUACCUUUGCUGCAGGCCAACUUUGUCUAUCAAUAAACUGUGUCAGUAUGUUGCUUUUCAAACCUCUUUGCAAGCCAAUGAAGUGGAGAUAUACUUGGUCCGAGAGAUGAAUUCUAUGGUCGACUUUUCAAUCUCCAUGAGCACUCCAAUUUCUAAACCUGGUAUAAUUGAUCCAUGCAAAGAUAAAUUGCAAGUUUUAGAAGAACAAGAAACUUUGGGAAGACUUGAAACAAACAAUUUCAUCCACGGGCACCUGCUCCUGGCAUAUCGGAAAAAGGUGUGAAAGUCUGAACGGUAGAGACAUUACCUGUCAAAAUCCUCAUGGAUACCAAGUUUUCUACAUCUCGCUUUUACACAGGUAUAGAUAUAUAUACACUCACAACGGGGACCUCUGCCGGCUGUUCUUUCUCAUAGCGUGCAUGUUCAUGGAUCUGACGUUAUACAAAUGGUAGUAAUUGUACAGGGUCAACGUGAAUGAGCAUAAAUGGUUGUCAGUUGUCCAAUUUUUUUCGUUCAAGAUCUUGCCUAUCGAAUACAUUCACUCCAUGUGCAAUGCUGUGAUUAUGAUGAUUUACUGCUCCAAUUUGCUGCUUAAAUUCUUGCGAGCAUUAAUUGAGCUUAUUUCUACUGAACGUGAGCAAAUUCUUGCCCCAAGUUUCCAAGUUGUAAAUCAGGUGCUUUGCGAUAAUAUCUCUGGCGCUUGAAUGUUCCAUCAUACCAAUAAUUUCUAGUGCACACUAGUCCCAUUUAUUGGGACCCAUAAAUUCUGAUGUGGUUGGAGCAUUGAAGAAUUAGGGGUGCUUGCAUGUUACCAUAAUUUCAAGCAACAAGAGACUUCACCUUCUUCUUUUUUAACGGGAAAGGAAGUAGUUUACUUUUAUUUAUGUGACUUCUAAAUUUUCAGGUAAAAACUGGUUGAAAUCGUGGUCACUACAUGUCGUAGAAACUCCUAAAAUUUAGCCAUGCUUGUCGAAAUCGUGGUCACUUGUGGGCUGCCAUGUCUUGUUAGAUCAUGUGUGUGUGUGUGUGUGUUUUUGGUGGAAGAUAAACCUGAGGAAAUAACUAUUUCCAAUAACAAUCAAACACUACCUACUAUUGUCUCAUUAUUUGUGAAUACAAAGAAAAACUCUAGAAUUUUAGGAGCACCCACUGCUCACAACUCCCAGUGGAACUCAGCCAUAUGGACGAAUUGCUUAUAUAAUGACAUCAUCUUCUUUUGUCUAUUUUUUGCUUUCCCGCAUAACUAAGUGCAGUUUUGAUUUUACAUCGAAGUCACCCAAUCUCAGCAGACUGGAUACUCUUGAAGCAUUGGAGGUUGUCACGAAUAAACGUUGGAUCCAACUUUUCCUUAUGAAUAGACUUCUCACUUCAGCUUGCCAAAAACUUGCAGUGGGGCAUUUGCUUGCCAAUAUUCUCUUCAUCACAAAAGCAGAGGCAUAGCCCACAGGGCAAGAGCUCAAGUCCUGAUGACCCAGGAACAAGCCUGAGUUCUCCUUCAGGCUAAAUGGGAAGGCACAAAGCUAAAAAUCGAGUUGUUUCAUGUUGAACCAUAUCGAACGAUGACGCGCAUCAAAAGUUCUUCGGUCUCUUUUUAUCUUUUCCUUUGUUCCAGUAACCAAGAAGCCUUAAAGCGCGCCUCUUGCUGACUUCACUGGUUAAUAUUUCCCUUGAAAAAGAUGAACACCAAUUUCUUUAAUCAAUCACACAAGAGCGGUCGUCCCCAUGCAAUAGUAACCGGAGAGCUACAUCUCAACCAAUUUCUUCUUCGUAAAUUGUUGUUCAGUACCAGUGUUUGCAGAAAAAUAACUAGCUAGUCCUUCUAGUGUAAAAAUUCCCAUUUUACAUCCCUCUAAUUCUUAUCUAUUUAUUACUUAAUCCCUCUAUUGUUCAUUCAUUAAUAAAGUGCUGCAAUAUCACUAGUUCAGUUUUUUUUCCUUCCAAGAUAUAUUUGGCUAUAUAUUAACUAAAAAAAAUCCGAGGGGACCGGUGAUUUUUUGAAUAAAUAGUGUUGCUUUCAAUAAAUCAACAGCCAAUUACAGUUCUUGAAACGAGAAAAAACAAAAAGUUAAUAUAUUUAAAAAUACAGGGACGAAAUAUUAUUGUUCAAGAAAUGGUAACUAGCCCUGAUCAUCAAUAAAAAAGGACCACCUUGACCUAGGACAAAACCGAUCCAAUAUCCAAUUCCUCGAGAAAUGAUGACAUGCCAGGCAGCUAGCCUGCCAUUGGAUGCCCACAUGCAUCCCCUUUUCCUUAUCCAAUAAUCCAUUGCAAGAUGUCCCUUCUCCUAGGAUCAGUAUUCCUUUAAAUAAUAAUUUAUUGAUCGUCUUCUUCAUAAUGCUCCAUGAUAAUAAAUUAAGGAGCAAUUGGGAUAGCAGAUAAGCACAGG